UGUUACCUGCAGAUGUCCAGAAGGUGUUGGUCAUUAAAGAAGAGGUUCCCUGGAGCCCCUGUACGGACCAGCAGGAGCCGGAGUUCAUCCACAUAAAGGAGGAACAGGAGGAGCCGUGGAGCAGUCAGGAGGGAGAGCAGCUUAAUGGGCAGGAGCAGACUGAUAUCAGCAAGUUUUCAUUCACUGCUGUUCGCAUUAAGAGUGAAGACGAUGAAGAGAAACCUCAGUCCUCAAAGGCAGAACCUCCAGCCGGCAGCUCAGCUAAACAGAUUAAAAUAGAAAUCGAUGGGGAGGACUGUGGAGGACCAGAACCAACCAGGAACCCAGAUCUGAACAGGCGUUUACUGAAAACUGAUGCAAAAAGUUUAGACCAUUCUGAGAUAGAGGUCAGUAUUGAUGAUUGUAAUGAUGAAGGGGAUGAAGAUGAGGAAGAGUGGCAGGAACCUUUGACCGAUUCUGAAGACAGUGACAAAGAUUGGAAAGAGACCAAGGCACCGGACUCAGCUGUAAAUAGUAAUGUGGACUGUAACGCGGAUAAAAAUCCCUUUUGCUAUUCUGAGCUUGAAAAACAAUUUCUCAACAAGCAAAAUGUGGAUUCACAGAUGAGAGUUUUCACAGGAGAGAAACCAUUAGGUUGCAACUUUUGUGGUAAAAUAUUUCGACACCAUUGUAGCCUUAAGAAACACAUGAGAGUCCACUCUGGAGAGAAACCGUUUGGCUGUGACGUGUGCGGUAAAAGAUUUACCCAAAGCGCACAUCUGAAGACACACACUAGAGUCCACACAGGAGAGAAACCCUAUGCCUGUACUGUUUGUGAUAAGCGAUACACACAGCGAGUGGAUUUGGAGACACACAUGAGAGUCCACACAGGAGAGAAACCGUUUGCCUGCAAGGACUGUGGUAAAAGAUUUAACCAAAAAGCGCAUUUGACGGCACACUUGAGGGUCCACACAGGUGAAAAGCCGUUUGCCUGCGAGGAUUGUGGUAAACGUUACACGCAACGAGUGGACUUGAAGAAACACAUGCGAGUUCACACGGGAGAGAAACCAUUCGGCUGUGACGACUGUGGAAAAAGAUUUAACCAAAAGGCACAUUUGCAGAGACACAUGAAAGUCCACACCGGAGAGAAACCAUUCGGAUGUGACGAUUGUGGACAAAAAUUUACUCAAAAGGCACAUUUGACGACACACAUGAGAGUCCACACGGGAGAGGAGCCUUUUGUCUGUGGUGAAUGUGGACAAAGAUUUGUCUGGAAAACAAAUCUGAAAAGACACAUGAGAGUCCACACAGAGUAGCACCUGGUCAGGGUUUGUUGUGAAAGAUUUAUCAUGUAGAAUUGUGUUAGGGGGUUACUUGUGACAUGGUUUUCCACCACGCCUUCUUGAGGCAAUAACAUCUCGUGUGCAAAACUGGGUUUAUUUUUGGUUAUUUAACCCUCUGAACCUCCAAACCCUUUACCACAGGG